AUGACAACAGAAUUGAUAGCUCACAUGAUUGCAAAGAGGAAAGGAAAACAAAUGAAAGCAGCCUAUUCCAGAGCAGUUCUGUCGUCGAAAUUGCUGAAAGAACGAUUGAAUUUGUUGGGUAAAAUUGGUUGUGCAGUAUGUUUGCUGGGAUCAACCGUGAUCGUGAUACAUUCACCGAAAGAAGAAGAGGUGGCAUCGAUGGCUGACCUGGCGUUGAAAAUGCGAGAUGCUGUAUUCAUCUUAUAUGUAAUCGGCGUCAUAGUGGUAUCGUUAUUUCUGAUAGUGUUCGUAGCGCCGAGAUACGGUCGUUCGAAUAUUUUGGUGUACAUAGCGAUUUGCUCAGUGAUUGGUUCGUUGUCGGUACUUUCCGUGAAAGGAUUAGGUUUAGCGAUCAAGGAAUCAAUCGGUGGUAAACAACAAUUCACAAAUGCGCUUACGUGGUUUUGGUUAGCAGCCGUUAUUGCGUGUGUUUCGGUUCAGUUGGUAUAUCUGAAUAAAUCAUUGGAUCAGUAUAAUACAUCAAUGGUAACGCCAAUAUAUUAUGUAUUUUUCACAUCGUUCGUGAUACUCGCUUCAUCGAUCUUGUAUAAAGAGUGGUCAUGUUUGGGUGCAAGUGAUGUGCUCGGAAAUGUUAUCGGUUUUCUUAUAACUAUCAUUGGCAUUUUCCAGAUGCAAUUAUUCAGAGACGUAAAUAUUUCACUGCGGCAACUGCGAGUACUGCUGCAUAAACCAUCGUCGAAUAUCAAUCAGUUCGAAAUAAUGAAUAGUGCCACAUCAUUAGUCGAAGAUGCGCCAAGGAGGUCGUCACAAACUGUUUAUACAUGA